GUUCCUCAAAACGUUUAGCCGAUACAAUGGAGAGUAAAUGGGAGCAAGCAGAAAGAAGGGUAGUGGAACAGGCAUUUGAUUUACCUUUCCGAGAUCCGGAUAAACUCGAAGGGAGCGGUACUGGAAAGACAAAGCUUUUACAUAAGAUAGCUGAAAAUGUGAGAGCUGUUUAUUGCUGUCUUCGUGAAGAGAGCUCUAGCGGCCAUCCUGCAAGAUCUUACAUUGCAAACAAACUGCUUGACAAAUCAAAAGAUGCAAAUAGCAUUAUCAUUUGUGGUACAUACUUGGCAUAUCUCGUGGCAUGUGUUGAGCGUUCACAGCAAUUUGAGGGUGAUCACAAGUCAUGGCUUCAAAACCAUACAAAAUCGACGCAAGAGAAGUUUUGGAAAGCUAUUGAGUUGCGAAUGAACGAAAUUAAGGAAAUGUUAUUUCAGCAAGUAGAACCGAAUAUUUGGAUCAGUGUCGUCCAAUCUCUGAUUGGCAAUGAACACACAUUAGGCACCGAGAUGCAAACGACUGACAAUAUUCGGACGUUAAAGAUUUUAUUCAUAUUUGACGAAGCUCGGCAUCUAACUACUACAAAAAAUAUCGAAGAUAGUAGAUCGCACUUCUAUUAUUUGCGGCAUGCUUUGAAAUAUUUAUCCCGUCACUCUGGAAUAUUCGCCAUAUUUACCGACACAAUUUCUCGAAUUUCAAAUUUUGCACCGAAGUCAGAGUUCGACCCAUCUCUGAGGAUUUCCGAAGCCGGAGAAAAGCUUUUCCCUCCAUUCUAUAUUUCAGACACCAUUGACAUCUAUGCAAAGGAUCCUCAAACGCCUGGAGAAGCUGAAGAUUCAGCAUGCCUGUUUCGACGGGGAAGACCUUUAUGGGGCUCUUUGUUUGAAGCACA